UCAGUACCUACUUUAGUAGUUUCCAGUUAGUCGUGUUAGUACUAACUACUAUUGUUAAUAUUGUUAGUUUUUACGAUGUAAAUUAAUAUUAUUAAUAUUAUUAAUUAUACAUUUAAUUUUAAUUAUUUAAUUAUUAUAUGUUACCUUCACAUUUUAUUCAUUACGUGCGAAUUUUUUAUACAUACCUACAUACCUAUUAUGAUAGCUAAUGUCAUACGUUAUUGCAAUACAGCAAUAUUCAAUAAUUAACUCGACUAAUAAUUAAAAUUCCGUUGUGAAAUUACAGUUUGCAGGACUAAUAAUUAAAACUAAUAUUUACUGGAUUGUUUUUCAUUUUUGAGGUAAUUUUAUCUUAAGUUUAUGUUACAGCAUUGCAUAAUUAUGUUGUCCUAAUUAUUUUGAAAUUAAGAUUUUACAGAUAAACAGAAAUAAAAUGAAUAAUAAUAACUAUUAUUUGAAGAAAAAAGAUAUAAUUGUGAUAUUUGUUAAUUUAUUGGUGCUAUCCUUAGUCUUAUAUAUUUAUCAUGUUGUACACGAUUUGAAAGCUAUGCUUUCAAACGAACGGUUAUGCAUACUAAAAACAUCUUCAGAGACUUACUUAAAUGAAGGUGAUACAGACAACAUUUAUUUUGACUUUUCCAAAAUGAACAAUUUAAAGAUUAGACAUACCAGGUCAACCAAGUUUACUAAAUUUCAAAAUAUGUCCUUGUUCUACUUGGCUCAACCAAAUAUAGAUUUUGAACAAAAUGGUAGUAUCUUAGGACCAUGGAUUUUGUCAAAUAAAAGUUUACCAGUUGACUCGUAUCCUUCUUUAAAAUUAACUUCAAGAAGAACUUUAUUAGAAAUAGUUGACCAAGGACUUUAUUUAGUUAACAUUCAGGUAUAUUAUUUGUCAUCUGCUAUGAGGAACAGUUUUUCUAUCACAAAAGUAACAGCUGCUUUAAAUGAAACAUUGUCUGUAUGUAGUGCAGUGGGUGUCUCUGGAACAGAAAUCUCAUGUUUCACAUCGGUUGUAGAGUAUUUUAAACCUGGAGAAUCAAUUUUAAUUAGACUCAGAGAAAUGUCAUCUGGUAUAAACCUUAACCGUAAAGCUUCUCACACUUACCUUAGCUUUACUAAGCUAUUAUAAUAAUUUUAUCUCAAUAAUACUGUGAUCAAAAUGCCACUACUCUCAUAAUUUUUAGUAUAUAAUUUAAUUUGUAUUACUAUUAUUACAUUUUUUUUUUAAUAAUAAACAGUAUUAUUUUAAUGUUA